GACCAACGACACCCAGUCCUCCGUCCGACCUAAGCUUCUUGGUUUGGACAAGCAUUAGAAGGGUGCAGGUGAUGCAGCCUCUCCUGCGACGCCAUCUCAGCGGAUUAUUUCACCUCACCUCUCAACCAGCCAGCCACCUUUGUCUCAAAACCCUGCCUGCAUUUAUUCAACCCAACGCGCCCCCGGCCCCAACGACGAAGUUCCUUCUCUACCUCUCGCUGUGGCACCCUAUACAUAACUUGGACGCCGUCCCCGUCCCGCCAGCAUCCAUACUCUCACUCAGCCUUCCACCCAAAAGACCCCGAGUCUGACCUCCCGCGACGUGUCUCACGACCACAGUCCCUCGGCCAUUCCCAAGUUCUCUCUUUUGGAAGCGGACUCGCAGCCCAAAAACCUGGCCCUUCUUGCGGCUCUCUUCGUCGACCGACUAUGGGUUGUCGGCGAUCGGCGUAGCGCUUGCUUGUCGAGGCCAUCCACUACCCUCAGGAGGAGAACGGCAGAAACCGCCAGGGCUGGACAAGAUGUCCGCCGUCAAAGAUCAGACAGCUACCUCGCUGGACCAGCACAUCAAGGAGAUCAGGAAUCGAAACUAUGAUGAAAACCAAAGGAAACGGGCCGCGCGCCAAAUCAGAGACCUGGUCAAUGCUGCCAAGCAGGAGAUGGGUGCCGAACAGUUCCAGCGCUUCUUCGAUAAUGUCAAUCAGCGUACGAAUCUAUUGAUACAAGGUCCCGAUACGUAUGACCGUCUUGGUGGAAUUUACAUCCUGGAUGCGUUGGUCGAUUUUGACGGCAUAGAACCAGCCUUGAAGUACACCCGCUUCCAGAACUACAUUGGCAGUAUCCUGCGUGGCCGCGAUAUCAACUCUAUGCAGCCGGCCGCUGUCGUCCUUGGAAAACUAUGCAAGCCAGGCGGUUCCUUGAUUUCCGAACUGGUCGAUUCCGAAGUUCAAACAGCGCUUGAGUGGCUACAGUCUGACCGAAUCGAGGAACGGCGGUACUCAGCAGUCUUGGUGCUUCGCGAGCUGGCCAGAAACACGCCUACGUUGAUGUACAACUAUGUGGGCUACGUCUUUGAACAGAUUUGGAUUGGCCUUCGUGACUCCCGUCUCUUGAUUCGCGAGACUGCCAGUGAGACCGUUAGCGCCUGUUUCAAAAUCAUUCGUGAGCGAGACCAGGAGCUGAAGAAGGACUGGAUGGAUAAGAUGCUCAACGAGGCGAUCAAGGGGCUCAAGAUCAACACGGUUGAGUUUAUCCAUGCCUCGCUUCUUGUGCUCAAGGAGCUGCUUGAACAGGGUGGCAUGUACAUGCAGGCUCACUACCAAGAGGCCUGUGAGAUUGUCUUCCGCCACAAAGACGCGCGCGAUCCCGCCAUCCGCAAGACGGUUGUGCUUUUGAUCCCGGACCUGGCCAACUAUGCACCGACAGAGUUCUCGGCGAGCUAUUUGCACAUGUUUAUGGUGUAUCUUGGGGGCAUGCUGAAGAAGGACAAGGACCGCAACGACGCCUUUCUUGCCAUUGGCAACAUCGCCAACUCGGUCAAGAGCGCAAUCACACCCUAUUUAGACGGCGUUCUCAUCCAUAUUCGCGAGGGUCUCAGUGUACAGUCCCGGAAACGAAGCUCGGUCGAUCCUGUUUUUGACUGCAUCAGUCGAUUGGCCGUCGCCGUGGGUCAGACAAUGAGCAAGUAUAUGGAGGCACUUCUUGAUCCCAUCUUCGCCUGCGAGCUCACGCCAAAACUGACACAGGCCCUUGUCGAUAUGGCGUUCUACAUCCCCCCAGUCAAAGCCACCAUUCAAGAGCGCCUGUUGGACAUGCUGAGCAAAGUUCUCUGCGGCGAACCCUUCAGACCUCUGGGUGCACCCCAUCCAAACUCGCUCGCUUCCAUACCUCAUAUUCCCAAAGACCCAAAGGACCCCCUUGCUCACCAGCGGACAAAGGAUGAAGUCAAGUUGGCCCUCAACACGCUCGGCAGCUUUGAUUUUCAAGGCCAUGUCUUGAACGAAUUCGUCCGCGACGUCGCUAUCAAAUACGUCGAAGAUGAUGACCCAGAAACACGUGAGGCUGCUGCCCUUACCUGCUGCCAGCUCUAUGUGCGUGACCCAAUCGUCAACCAGACAAGCUAUCAUGCCCUCCAGGUGGUCGCCGAUGUCAUCGAGAGACUCCUGACUGUGGGUGUUUCGGAUCCCGAACCCAAAAUACGGCAGACGUUGCUAGCAGCCCUUGACGAGCGAUUUGACCAGCAUCUCGCCAAGGCUGAGAAUAUACGCACCUUGUUCUUCGCCCUCCACGAUGAACAGUUUGCCGUCAGGGAGGUGGCCGUGUCCAUCAUAGGCCGGUUGGCUCGCCACAAUCCCGCCUAUGUUAUCCCCCAGCUGCGAAAAACCAUCAUUCAGAUGUUGACAGAGCUUGAAUACACAGAUGUGGCUCGGAGCAAGGAGGAAAGCUCAAGAUUACUCAGUCUUCUCACACGGCACGCUCAGGAGCUGGUCAAACCAUACGUCAACUCCAUCACCCAAGUGUUGCUGCCAAAAGCUCGCGACCCGAUCCCGUCCGUUGCUGCGACUGUCCUCCAAGCACUCGGGGAACUGUGCACCGUUGGUGGAGAAGAGAUGCUAAACUACAAGAAGGAUCUCAUGCCCAUCAUCAUUGACGCAUUGCAGGAUCAAAGCGCACCAGUUAAACGGGAGGCAGCCCUGCAUACCCUCGGUCAGCUGGCCAGUAACACAGGCUAUGUCAUCAAACCCUACCUCGAGUAUCCCCAACUUCUUGAGAUCCUGCAGUCCAUCAUCCGGGGCGAGCCUCAGCGCGGGCUUUUACGACAGGAAACCAUCAAGGUGAUGGGCAUCCUGGGAGCACUCGAUCCCUACAAAUAUCAGCAGGUCGAAGAUCGCGCGCCGCGCACACAGAAGCAAACCGAAGCAACCCAACUAACUGAUGUGUCCCUCAUGAUGGGCGGACUAACCCCUUCACAGGAGGACUACUACCCAACCGUUGUUAUUAAUGCCCUUCUCCAGAUCCUCAAAGACCAGUCGUUGGUGCAGUGGCACGGAAACGUGGUGGAUGCCAUCAUGAGCAUCUUCAUCACGCUUGGGCUCAAGUGUGUCCAGUUCCUCGACCGUGUGGUGCCUGCCUUUAUCGCCGUGAUCCGCGCCUCGAGCCAAACGCGACUCGACUUCUAUUUCAACCACCUUAGUAGGCUUGUUGGAAUUGUCCGUCAGCAUAUCAGGGUCUACCUCCCGGACAUCAUCGAGGUUCUCCAGGAGUAUUGGGACACGACAUAUUCGCUCCAGACCACCAUCAUGUCGUUGAUCGAGUCCAUUGCACGCUCCCUAGAGGGCGAGUUCAAGGUCUACCUUGCCAGUCUCCUCCCGAUGAUGCUCGGCUUGCUGGAAAAGGACACCACCACCAAGCGGCAACCGACCGAAAAGAUCUUUCAUGCUUUCCUAGUGUUCGGCUCAAGCGCCGAGGAGUAUAUGCACCUCAUCAUCCCCGUGUUGGUACGUCUCUUCGACAACUCGGCCCAACCCAUGUUUCUGCGCAAGUCUGCCAUUGAAACGAUUGGCAAGCUCUCGAGCAUGGUGAAUCUCAACGACUAUGCGUCCAAAAUCAUCCACCCCCUCACCCGGGUCCUUGCCAGCCACGAACCAAGUCUAAGAGUGGCUGCCCUCGACACGCUAUGUGCCCUCAUGUUGCAACUGGGGCGUGAUUAUUUGCACUUUGAACACACCGUCCACAAAACCAUCUCAACAUACGGCCUCCAACACUCCAACUAUGACAAGGCCGUCGAAAAGCUCAAGAAAGGGGAAACAUUACCGCCUAACCUCGCGCCGCGCUUCGAGGACAAUGCAGUCGAGCUUCAUGCCUCUGAAAACAGCCCGCCCAAGAAAUUGGAUCUCAACCCCAUGCAUUUACGGCAAGCCUGGGAAACCAAGGGUAAGUCUACUAAAGACGACUGGCACGAGUGGUUCCGCAAGUUUAGCACGACGUUACUUUCCGAGUCUCCGAAUCACUCACUCCGAGCUUGCGCCAGUUUGGCAAGCACUUAUCAGCCACUGGCAAGGGAGCUCUUCAACUCUGCCUUCGUCUCAUGCUGGAGCGAGCUGUACGAACAAUUUCAGGAGGAACUGAUCACCAACAUCGAAAACACAAUCAAAUCCGAGAAUGUGCCUCCUGAUCUUCUGGGUCUUUUGCUGAACCUUGCCGAGUUCAUGGAACAUGAUGAUAAGGCCCUACCAAUCGACAUUCGAACCUUGGGACGUGAGGCGGCAAGAUGUCAUGCCUAUGCCAAAGCGCUGCAUUACAAGGAACUCGAGUUUCUUCAGGACCACAACAGUCACGCGGUCGAAGCCCUGAUUGUGAUCAACAAUCAGUUGCAGCAGUCUGAUGCCGCCAUUGGUAUCUUGACUAAGGUGAAGGCGUACAAGGACGGGAUCACGCUGCGGGAAAGCUGGUUCGAGAAGCUGGAGCGCUGGGAUGAGGCGCUUAACUUUUACUGCCAACGCGAACGCGAGCUUCCGCCUGACCAGCCCACACCGGUCGACAUCGUCAUGGGCAAGAUGCGUUGCUACCAUGCGCUGGGCGAGUGGGAUUCGCUAGCCUCGCUGGCUGGCAAGACAUGGUCAAACUCGGCACCAGAGGUUCAACGCAUGAUCGCAGGCCUUGCCACCACGGCUGCCUGGGGGCUCGGGAAAUGGGACUCUAUGGAUAACUACCUGCAGUCUAUGAAGCGAUUCUCACCAGACCGCGCCUUCUUCGGCGCCAUCUUAGCCCUCCACCGCAAUCAGUUCCGAGAAGCCCUGGGCUGCAUCGACCAGGCUCGAGAAGGUCUCGAUACAGAGCUGAGCGCCCUCGUGAGCGAAUCCUACAACAGGGCAUACCAAGUUGUUGUGCGCGUUCAGAUGCUUGCAGAGUUGGAAGAAUUGAUCAUCUACAAGCAGUGCGAUGCUGAAAAGCAAGCCAGUUUGCGGGCAACAUGGGAGACUCGUCUCAAGGGGUGCCAGCGAAACGUUGAGGUAUGGCAGCGCAUGCUGCGACUCCGGUCGCUCGUGCUCACGCCACCAGAGAACAUGCACAUGUGGACUAAGUUCGCCAACUUGUGCCGCAAGUCUGGACGGAUGGGUUUGGCGGAGAAGUCACUGAGACAGCUUAUCGGGUCGGAUGUGCCGCUGGACACAGUGAUCCCUCACUGGCACGACCGCCCCAUGGACCCCGAUGCCGAGAGACUUGCGUCUCCGGUUCUGUAUGCAGUACUCAAGUACCAGUGGGAGGUCGGUUUGCAGCCGGCGAUGCGAAACACUGACCGAACCAUCGCCGAGAGAACGCUGUACUGCCUUCGCAAGUUCACUGACGAGACGGCCCACAGGGUAGAGAGCGCAAGACACCAACUAGCCGCUUCCACCCAGGCCGGUAACGGUGCAAUUGACGGCUUACAUCAGGCCUCUACCUUUUCCGAGUUCGACGAGGCGGCAUUACUCAGCCCGGAUGUGCAGCGUCACUGGACAGAACAAACGGUGCUGCUUGCCAAGUGCUACCUCCGCCAGGGCGAUUGGAUGAUUGCCCUGAACAAGGACGAUUGGCAAUACACACGGCGCAAAGACAUUCUCUCCUGCUACUACAAGGCCACCUAUUAUCAUCGCCGCUGGUACAAGGCCUGGCAUGCCUGGGCCUUGGCCAACUUCGAAGUGGUGCAGGCCCUAGGAUCUCGCAAGGACCUAGACAGCGGCGUCAUUAUCCAGUAUGCCGUGCCUGCUGUGCAUGGCUUUUUCGAGUCUAUUUCGCUCUCUUCGGGAAGCUCUUUGCAAGACACGCUGCGUUUGCUCACGCUCUGGCUUACAUAUGGUGGCAACCCCGAUGUUGCCAGUGGUGUGACAGAGGGCUUCAAUCGUGUCAGCGUCGAUACCUGGCUUGAGGUCAUUCCACAGUUGAUCGCUCGCAUUACCCAACCUAACAAGAAGGUUCAGGCGUCGAUCCAUGGUCUGUUGUCUGAUGUCGGUCGUGCGCACCCCCAGGCGUUAGUCUACCCCUUGACGGUUGCCAUGAAGUCGCGACAAAGCACGCGCAGGUCCAAGACCGCCAGCGUCAUUAUGGAGGCAAUCCGUCAGCACAGUUAUAAGCUGGUCGAGCAGGCAGAGACGGUGAGCCGCGAGCUUAUUAGGACCGCGGUCCUCUGGCACGAGCUAUGGCAUGAGGGUCUGGAGGAGGCUUCCCGGCUCUACUUUGGCGAUCACAAUAUCAAGGGAAUGUUUGAUGCCCUCGAGCCCCUUCACGACCUGCUCGAAAAGGGCCCUCAAACCCUCCGGGAGGUUUCAUUUACACAGACGUUCGGCCGUGAUCUGGGUGAGGCUCGCGAGUGGUGCCGGCAAUAUCGCGAAACAGAGGACGUCAAUGACCUGAACCAAGCCUGGGACUUGUACUACCAGGUUUUCCGUCGUAUCAGCCGACAGCUUCCACAGAUGACCACACUGGAGCUGACCUACUGCUCUCCGGACCUGCUCCAGGCCAGGGACCUGGAGCUCGCGGUGCCGGGAACGUAUCGCAGCGGCCAAGAGGUUGUCCGAAUCAUGUCUUUUGACGGCACCUUUACGGUCAUCAGCAGCAAGCAACGUCCGCGAAAACUUGACAUUGUUGGAAGUGACGGUAAGACGUACACUUUCUUGCUCAAAGGUCAUGAGGACAUCAGGCAGGAUGAGCGUGUCAUGCAGCUCUUCGGCCUCUGCAACACGCUCUUGGCCAACGACUCGGAAUGCUACAAGCGCCAUCUCAACAUCCAACGUUACCCGGCUAUUCCGCUGUCGCAGAACUCGGGUCUUCUCGGCUGGGUCCCAGACAGCGACACGAUCCACCAGCUUAUCCGUGAUUAUCGGGAGUCAAGAAAGAUUCUCCUUAACAUCGAGCAUCGGAUCAUGCUUCAGAUGGCGCCCGACUACGAUAACCUCACACUCAUGCAGAAGGUGGAAGUGUUUGGGUAUGCCCUUGAUAACACAACGGGUCAGGAUCUGUACCGGGUCUUGUGGCUGAAGAGCAAGAGCUCUGAAGCCUGGUUAGACAGGCGAACUAAUUACACGCGUUCCCUCGGCGUCAUGUCGAUGGUCGGGUACAUCCUGGGCUUGGGCGACCGUCAUCCGAGCAACCUGAUGCUGGACCGCAUCACGGGCAAGAUCAUUCACAUUGACUUUGGCGACUGCUUUGAGGUGGCGAUGAAGCGUGAGAAGUACCCGGAGCGGGUGCCUUUUAGGCUUACCCGCAUGCUUACUUAUGCCAUGGAGGUUAGCAACAUCGAGGGCAGCUUCCGGAUUACAUGCGAACACGUGAUGAGAGUCUUGCGUGACAAUAAGGAGAGCGUUAUGGCCGUUCUCGAGGCUUUCAUUCACGACCCGCUACUCACGUGGCGUCUUACCAACCCGGCCAGUCCCGCUGGACCACAUUUCAAUUCGGAGAGAGAGCAAGCUAUUGCCGGGCCCCAGGCAGCACGGGUGCGUCGGCCUUCCAUACUGGAAGCUCCGAUGGCCCCGACUGAGUUCCUGGCAGCACAAGCUGGUCCCGAAGGCUUGACCGGGGCGCGUAGCCGUGCGCGUACAAAUUCAUCCGCCGCUCCGCUCCCAAGCAUAACCGAUGACGGUGUCCAUGGCCCCAUCGAGAUCGCGGAGGUGCAAAAUGCGCGGGCUGUCGAAGUGCUUGACCGGGUCUCCCAGAAACUCACGGGUCGUGAUUUCAAGCCGAACGAAGAGCUUCUUGUUAAAGAUCAGGUUAAUAAGCUGAUCAUUGAGGCUACCAAGCUUGAGAAUCUCUGCCAGCACUAUAUAGGGUGGUGCAGCUUUUGGUGAGGUCCAGCCACAGUUUUUGUUCGUAGCUAUCACUGUCAGUGGGAGGCUUUAAACAUGGAUUGAUUUCGGGCAGGUUUUAGCUCUAUGUAUCGGCUUUCUUUGGGUGUUAAGAAGGCAGUGAGUUAUUUUGGUCACUAUUUGAGCGUGCAUGUAUGGAUCUAGCGUAGUAUCAGUUUUAUGAUACUGGUCUUGGGGGGGACUCUCUGAUACGAGGGUGAUGCUUAUGUGGUGUAUAUACAAUAGCAGUCUUGACAGCAUCUGUCUGGCGUUGCUUGGUAGUUGGACGGAAUAAUGAAAGGCCGGUUUGGUCCAUCACACAAAUGCCAAAUGCGCCUUGAGGUUUCACAUAUAUUCAAGGGCUUCCCCUCUCGACAAUGAGAAUAGCCGAUUCCCA